AUGGUAAGCACCAACGCGGCUACUAUUCUUGAUGUUUGCGCGUAUCAUCGACGCGAUUUCGACCUGGUACUUAUUCGAUCACCGCCUCACGAGAGCCAGGUUGUCCGGGAAUCUAUAGAGAAGCCUUUCACUACGACGCCCACCGUGAAAUUAGGGGCACUGGAUGUUCUUCCCAAUGAGUUAUUGAACAUCAUACUUCGCAACCUUGAUCUGUUAUCAUAUUUCCGAUUCCGCCAUGUCAACAGACGUGCCCGAAUCUUGGCAAGUGAGCUUCAAGAAUACAAGGCCGUUGUCAGACAUGGUAUAGAAGGCUUUCGCGGCAUGCUGCGUAUGCGACUGGCGACUCAUUUCACAUUUGAGGACAUGUACCGCGCUUUGAUAGGCGAAACAUGCCAAUUUUGCAAAAACUUCGGUGGCUUUCUAUGUCUGCUGACUGCCACUCGAUGCUGUUUCGCGUGUAUUGAGAAUGCUCCUGAGCUACGUGUUAUCAGCAUGUCCGCCUUAUCCAAGCUCACGAAGCUAUCUGCCAAGCGUUUGAGUUGUCUUGCUGGAUACAUUCUGAGAACGGUUCCUGGAAUAUAUUCCAUGGAAGAAAGACCGGCCAGACGUCCAGCCUUACUACUAGCAGAGGUGGAGGCUACCCGGAGACUAUCAGAGCUUGGUCUCCUGACCUCGGACGCAGUCCAGGCCUUAGAGGCGCGGAGCGAACAAAAGAACCAACGUUUUAUGAUGUCCACUGCAUACCCAUGGUAUGAUCCAACCACUGGCCAAAUUGAAGGUGGUGUUAGUUAUCGCGACGAUGUAUUUUCUUCCUGCGGUUAUCAGUCCCAUUUUGAGACCUGCAACGAGGCGAAAGCCCUAUUUAACGAGAGUGCUGGCGGAACAAAAAGUGUAGCGGAACCAGAAUUCACUCGCCGCAAGGGUUAUUUCAGCACACUGGAUCAGAACGGUCUACCAAAAUAG